AUGAUUGCGGACUUCGCAUUCGAUUCGAUUCCAAUCAGUCGAAUGAAGUUCAUCAAUUUUCUUCUCUUCGUUGUUCCAGCGAUUAUUUGCGCCGAUGAGGUUUCGAAGGAUCGACUAAUGAAGAUGAUGGACGCUGAGUGGAUGGAUCGAUUCGUUCCGAGGCAAUAUCAACGACUGAGCACGAAGAAGGAUGAUGAUGUGACGAAGGAUAACAAUUUUGGGUAUUCCGAGCAAGGAAUGAAGGAUUUGGAUGAGGUUGGCGAGCUCGUUGGCGGCGGCGAUUCGGAUUUGCUCGGAAUUCUGCGCCCAUACUACUCGAUGGUGGAGAUGACGGCGAACGGCAACAAACAGGGAACCGGACAGUAUCUCCACGUGCUGCCGGAUUCAUCGGAAGGCGACACGCCGAUCUACUCGGUCGGCGGUUCGAUGUACGGCGGGAUCGAGCCGGCUGGCGCGAAAAUUGGCUACAUGAAUCGGCCGUUCGGGCGAUGA